AUGUCGUCUUUAAUAAAUGGGAGAACUGUCUUUGGUGGUUUGGCUGCAUUAGCAACUGGGGCAGGUGCUUAUUUUGUAGCCUAUCCUUAUAAUCGUGAAUUAUACAUGGCAAAUAUGCAAAUAAAUGAGAAUGAUGCGUUUACAGUAAAAAAAAUUGAAGAAGCUUACAAAAAACUUCAAGAAUCUGAUAAAUGUAAUUCUCUUUUAAAGAAACAUCUUACAAAAGAUGUUCUUGAUAAAUUAAAAUACCGUAAGACAAAACUUGGUGCAUCUCUUUAUGAUGUUAUUAGAUCGGGAGUUUUUAAUCUUGAUGCUGGAGUAGGUAUUUAUGCACCAGAUGUUGAGUCAUAUAAUACUUUCAAAGAUUUAUUUGACCCAGUGAUUGAAGAGUACCAUGGAUUUGGGCCAAAUGAUACACAACCUCCAGUUGACUUGGGUGAAGGUAAAACUUCUGAUUUCCCACCUCUUGAUCCAAAAGGAAAAUAUAUUAAGUCAACAAGAAUACGUUGUGGUCGUAGUUUGGAAGGAUAUCCAUUUAAUCCUCUUUUAACCGGGGAUGACUAUUUAGUUAUGGAACAAAAAGUUAAGAAUGCAUUAGAAACAUUCAAAGAGGGAGAUUUAAAAGGAAAAUAUUACGGUUUAGUUGGUAUGACACCUGCUGAUCAAAAACAACUUAUUGCUGAUCACUUCUUAUUUAAGGAAGGUGAUAGGCACCUCCAACACGCUAAUUCCUGCCAAUAUUGGCCUUUAGGCCGUGGUAUUUAUCACAAUAAUGAUAAGACUUUCCUUAUCUGGGUUAAUGAAGAAGACCAUAUGAGAAUAAUAUCAAUGCAAAAUGGUUCUGAUGUUGGUGCUGUCUUGGAAAGAUUAAAUCGUGGUAUUAGAAGUAUGGAACAAAAACUUAAGUUUUCUCGUGAUCCACGUUUAGGAUGGUUAACACAUUGUUGUACCAAUCUUGGAAGUUCAGUUCGUGCUUCUGUCCAUAUCAAACUACCAAAAGUUUCUGCACGUAAAGAUUUCAAGGAAAUUUGUGAGAAACUUAAUUUACAAGUUCGUGGUAUUCAUGGAGAACACUCUGAAUCAGAAGGUGGUAUUUAUGAUAUUUCAAAUAAAGCUAGACUUGGUUUGACGGAGUAUGAAGCUGUUAAACAGAUGUAUGAUGGUGUUAAGGAACUUAUUAGAAUGGAAGAACAAGCUAAAUAA